AUGACAAUGUGGCGGCUGUUGGCGGCGCUGAUCGUGCUGGGCGCAUGCGCCGCCGAGCCCCGCCUCGCGCAGAGCACAUCGCGCCCGCGACACUGGCAGCGCGGCCCACGCACGCUAGCUGAUCGUAAACCUAAUCCAUUUGUUGGGCCACACGUGUGUCGAUCGCGAAACAGCACGCAUUGCUGUCCCGGGUGGACGUCCAGGCCUAACUCUUUACUUUGUAUAGUCCCCGUAUGUCGUCCAGACUGCGGGUCUCCGGGCGCUUGCGUGGCGCCCAACAUGUGCCGCUGCGCCGGUGGCGUAGAGGCUCCUUCGUGCCAACCCGGCGGUAUUUAUCCCUACCCAGUGCGGACUCCAGGGGGGUGCCGCCGUAUCUGUAUGAAUGGAGGCACUUGCACCAACGGCACGUGUGCCUGCGCACCUGGUUGGAGCGGAGAAUUCUGUACUGAACCAAUAUGCCGCGAGCCAUGUUUGCAUGGUGGCAGAUGUAUUGCACCAGACCGAUGCGUGUGUUUCCACGGACUUUCGGGAACGAGAUGCGAGAUCGACAGAAGAACUGGGCCGUGCUACACGGACACGCGCGGCGCGCUGUGCACGGGCGCGCUGGACGGCGUGGUGUGCACCAAGCAGCUCUGCUGCGCCACCGUGGGCGUGGCCUGGGGGCACCCCUGCGAGCGCUGCGCUGACCUCGACUGCCCACACGGUCACUUACGCAACCUCGCCACCAAGGAGUGCCAGGACAUAGAUGAAUGUGCAGCAGUACCCGGGCUGUGCCAGGGCGGGCGCUGCAUCAACUCGGUGGGCUCGUUCUCGUGCGAGUGCCCCCCCGGCCAGCGGCGCCACCCCGUCAGCAACAACUGCGAGGAUAUCGACGAAUGCGAGGAUCCCGACAUUUGUCCAAACGGCAAAUGUGUGAAUACAGAGGGUGAUUACUAUUGUCUGUGCGAUCCACACUUCAUUCCCAGCCCAGAUAAGAAAUUCUGUAUCGAUGGGAGAGUAGGCAGCUGCUACACGUACCUGGGCGAGACGGGCGAGUGCGCGGACCGCCUGCCCAUGCCGCUGUCCAAUCGCGACUGUUGCUGCGGGUACAACAUGGGCCGCGCCUGGGGCAACCUCUGCACCCCCUGUCCUCCCAGAGGAUCUAGCGAGUGGAGCCACCUGUGCGGUGGCGGCAUCAUCCCGCCGAGCUGGCGCCGCAACGUGACGGGCGGCAACGGCGGCGACACGUACGAGCCGCCCGCCAUCGCCAAGAUCAACGAGUGCAUGCUGAGGAGCGGCAUCUGCGGGCUUGGCACCUGCGUCGAUAAAGACAUCGGAUACCAGUGCGAUUGUUGGGAUGGUGCGGAGUCGGUGGUGCAGGAUGGCAACCCCACGUGUAUCGACAUCGACGAGUGCGCGCUCGAGUACUGCAAGGGCGGCACUUGCAUCAAUCGGCCCGGUGGCUUCGACUGCCGGUGUCCCCCUGGAUUCGAUCCUGUUAACAAUGGAUUAAGAUGCAGCGAUAAAAACGAAUGCGAGAUGACGAACGGUGGUAUGUGCACCAAUGGAUUCUGUAGAAACAGUGAUGGAGGAUACGAGUGCAUCUGCAACCCGGGCUACGAGUCGACGGAGACGGGGCACGCGUGCCGCGACGUGGACGAGUGCCGCGACAACCCGCGCGUGUGUCGGCGCGGGCGCUGCCGCAACACGCCCGGCGCCUACGACUGCGAGUGCGAGCCCGGCUUCAGCGCCAGCGCCGGCGGCUACUGCGCCGACGUCGACGAGUGCGCCGACAAGAGCGUGUGCCAGGGCGGGCGGUGCGUGAACAGCGAGGGCUCGUUCCAAUGCGUGUGCGAGGCGGGCUACCGGCCGACGCCGGACCGCGGCGCGUGCGUCGACGUGAACGAGUGCUCGGAGCAGCGCGUGUGCCGCAACGGGCGCUGCCACAACACGCCCGGCUCCUUCCGCUGCGAGUGCCUGCCCGGCUUCACGCUCAGCAACGACGGCAGGACCUGUCUCGACGAAGUGCAGGAUUUGUGCUACGAAAAAUACGAAGAAGGCCAUUGUACAGGACCUGGUCAAAAUGCAGUAACACGUUCUCAGUGUUGUUGUAGUUCAAGCAAAGGUUUACGUUUAGGUUGGGGGGUUGCUUGCAAACCGUGUCCAGAAGCUGGCAGUCAAGACUACAAGGUCCUAUGUCCUGAAGGUUCUAGCAAAGAUAACGGAGGUGCAGACAUUAACGAGUGUACCAUGAUCCCGGGUAUUUGUCCUCACGGGACCUGUGAGAACUUAGAGCCGGGGUACAAAUGUAUCUGUGACCCUGGAUUCCAUCCUGAUGCUGAUGGGAUUUGUAGAGAUAUUGACGAGUGUGAUAUGCAUCAGUCGUAUUGUACAGGAGGGCAGUGUCGCAACUCUCUCGGCAGCUUCACAUGUGUGUGUCCUCCGGGCACUCGGUACGAACCCGACGAACAAAUAUGCCGCGACAUUGACGAAUGCGAGGAACAAUCGAACCCGUGUGACAACGGUCGCUGCAUCAAUUCACACGGCAGCUACGAGUGUGAAUGUGAAAACGGAUUCGUACUUGACGCCACUGCCCAACACUGCCUCGAUAAUCGUCGCGGCUCAUGUUGGCGACGAGUGGUAGAUGGUCAGUGCGAGGCUGCAGCUAUGAGGCCCCUUCUCCGCCAAGAGUGUUGCUGCAGCGUAGGUCUCGCCUGGGGGUCACCGUGUGAGCCCUGCGAAAUGGACCAUUGCCCUUGUCCAAAGGGAUUUGCUAAGUUGGAUGGUGCCACGUGCCGCGACGUGGACGAGUGCCAGCUCAACUCAGAGCUGUGCGUAGGAGGUACCUGCAUCAACACUGAUGGCUCCUAUCGGUGUGAUUGUCCUCCAGGACUUAGUCUUGAUGCUACAGGUAACCGCUGCGUGGACACUCGGCGUGAGUACUGCUACACAGACUACGUGGGGGGACGGUGUUCGAGCCCGCUGCAGGUGGAAGUGUUACGGGCCGUGUGUUGCUGUUCGGCGCUCGGCAAGGCCUGGGGUGAUGGACGCUGCGAGCCUUGCCCUAAGAAAGGAACCGACUCCUACCGUAAUCUCUGUAUCUCUGAUGCGACCGGACAUCCUCCAACAAUUUGGGAUCGUCCUGGUGGUAGCGGCAACGUUACCAGUAUAUGGGGCAAUAAACCAAUCGGUCCUGGAGGCGAUGAAAACGAAUGGACUGGAGGCGGCAACGUUGACAACUGGGGCAACAUUACUUCGGAUAACUGGCAUAAGGGGGGCCCUGGAGUGAUCCCGGGACAGAUGGAGGUUAACGAGUGUGCUGCCUUCCCCGGCCUUUGUGGACAUGGGCGAUGUAGAAACUUAGUAGGAACUUUCACCUGUGAUUGCUUCCCUGGAUAUGAAAAGGACUCGAAGAACCACACCUGCGUGGAUGUGAACGAGUGUGAGAUCGUGGACGGUGUUUGCGGCUCCGGCGAGUGUCGCAACACUGAAGGGUCCUUCAGUUGUCACUGCCAUCCUGGACAUAAGUCCGAUGAUUUCUCCAAAGUUUGUGUUGAUAUCGACGAGUGCGCAGAAACUAGAGGUCUAUGUCGCGGAGGACGCUGCGUCAACACUCCUGGCUCAUUCCGGUGCGAGUGCGGGACCGGCAUGGAACUGGCACCAGAUAGACUGAGCUGCAAAGACGUGGAUGAGUGCUCCAUCACUUCUGGAAUAUGCAGUAACGGCGCUUGCGAGAACUUGAUGGGAACAUACCAGUGCGUUUGCGACGAGGGCUACGCUCAGUUAACGGUCAAAUCCCACUGCGAAGACAUCGAUGAAUGCACGGAAGAUCCCACGAGAUGUCAGCACGAGUGCGUUAACACUCUCGGCUCCUACCAUUGUACUUGCAGGGAAGGCUGGCACCUGCGCGCGGACGGGCGCACGUGCCGCGACGUGGACGAGUGCGGCGCGGGCGCGCGGCCGUGCGGCGGCGGCGAGUGCCGCAACACGCCGGGCUCGUACGCCUGCACCUGCGCCGACGGCCUGCUGCCCGCGCCCGACGGCGCCAGGCCCACGUGCCAGGACAUCGACGAGUGCGCCGAUAUACCAGACCUUUGUGGGGCUGGAGAAUGUCACAACACGAUCGGUAGCUUUGUCUGUCGGUGUUCGGAUGGGUACAGCGUAAAGCCGGAACAGGGGCCCGCCUGCACAGACGAUGAUGAAUGUGAACUUGGAACCUGUGACUGUCAUCCUGCUGCUGAUUGUAUUAAUUUACCUGGCUCGUUCCAAUGUCGGUGUCGUGAUGGUUGGCGAGGCGAUGGCACGGAGUGCGAAGAUAUCGAUGAAUGUUUGACUAAUAAUGGCGGUUGUCAUCCGAGAGCCACUUGUACCAACACCGAUGGCUCAUUCAUGUGUCUUUGUGACACAGGAUACAAAGGAGAUGGAUACUCGUGUGUGGAUAUUGAUGAGUGUGCCAACGACCCAACUCUUUGCGAAAACGGGCACUGCACCAACAUCCCCGGUGGCUAUGAAUGUGAUUGUGAUGUAGGAUUCACUAAGUCGGAAGAUGGAAAGUCUUGUCUUGACAUGGACGAGUGUGCAACUUUCGACAACGUGUGCGUGUUCGGGCGCUGCGUCAACACGUACGGCAUGUUCAAAUGUAUCUGCGACAAGGGAUACCAGUCUGAUAGUAUUGAUGAUUUGAUGCCUGGCUUCAACUGUACGGAUGUCGACGAGUGCAAGUCUCCUCAGUCGUGUCAGUACGGACAGUGCAUCAACACGCAAGGUUCCUAUAUCUGCAAGUGUCCGACCAACUAUGAGCUGGUGUCGGAUGGCACCGCUUGUUUUGAUUCGAGAAAGGCCAGGUGUUAUGGUACAGUAGAUUUACGAUCUGGCACUGAACAUUGUCAGGACAGUGACGAGUUGUCCGAAGAUGGCACCAUGGCCGCUUGCUGCUGUUCUGUUGGUGCUGCCUGGGGUAACUAUUGUGACCUUUGUCCGGAGCCAGGAUCAGAGGCAUACAGACAAUUAUGUCCCGGUGGACCUGGGUAUCAACCUGUUUUGGAACCUCCAUCUUAUGUUGUGACGUUAGCUGAUAUAGACGAGUGCGUCCAACAUCCUGCUCUCUGCGAACACGGAACUUGCACCAACACGUUCGGUUCCUUUGUGUGCACCUGUGGAGAUGGGUGGCAGCUGACUUCUGAUGAACAGCGGUGUGAGGAUAUUGACGAAUGUGCCAAACCAGACAUAUGCGGUCCCGGCAUUUGCAGAAACAUGCAAGGCAGCUACGUGUGUUUGUGCCCCGAAGGAUACGUGGCUAUGCCGAAUGGAAAGGAAUGUGUCGAUGUUCGUAAACGACAAUGCUACAUGGAAUAUUACGAAGAAAGUGGUCGUGGUCAGUGUUCUGGGUCUUCUGGUGUACCUCAGACUAAAUACCUCUGCUGUUGUUCUGUUGGAAGAGCGUGGGGUGAUCCUUGCGAACCUUGUCCAGAUAAAGGAUCUCAGGAACACAUGGCUCUUUGUGGUGAAAAACCUGGCGAAUAUAUCAAUCCCAUGACAAAUGAGACGAAACCUAUCAAUGAAUGCGACAUCAUGCCGCAGCUUUGCAAACCUGGUACCUGUCAUGAUACUCCAACUGGGUUCCAAUGUGGAUGUGAUCACGGAUACGAGCACGACAACACUUCGCACUUAUGUCGCGAUAUUGACGAGUGUGCUUUACACCGAACUCCGUGUCGUGGGUUAGCGCAAUGCGUUAACUUGCCCGGGGCUUAUGAGUGCCGAUGCCCGCCUGGGUACGCGCUCACCGCUUCUCUCGAUGAGUGUGAAGACGUGGAUGAGUGCGCCGAUGAGAGGUUGUGUGAGCACGGCGAGUGUCGAAACACGAUUGGAUCAUACAGGUGUGACUGUAAGCCUGGUUAUACUCUACGUGAUAAUGUUUGCCGCGACGUAGAUGAAUGUGCACGUCCUCGUCCCAUGUGUCGUAACGGUACAUGUGAAAAUUUACCUGGAUCUUAUACGUGUCACUGUGAUGAGGGAUUCAAGCCAGGAGCUAAUAAUGAUUGUAUAGACAUCAACGAGUGUCGCGAGGGCGGCAUGGUGUGCCGCAACGGGCGGUGCCGCAACACGGCGGGCUCGUUCCGCUGCGAGUGCGCGCCGGGCUACGCGCUGACGGCGGACGCGCGCCACUGCCGCGACGUGGACGAGUGCUCCGAGCUGCCGCACCCCUGCGGCAGGGACGGCUCGCCCUCGUGCACCAACACCAACGGAGGCUACGAAUGUUCCUGCGGUGCCGGUUGGCGUUUGGUAGGCAGACGGUGUGUGGACCGUGACGAGUGUAAAGAGAUACAAUAUGUGUGCGCGGGAGGGGAGUGUAGGAACUUCAAUGGAGGGUAUGUGUGCGAUUGUCCAUCUGGGUGGCGGUUCGAUAAAGCAGCGGCAAUUUGCGUAGAUGAACGUAAAGAACUUUGCUACGAUGAGUGGGAGUCAGGAAGAUGUCACAGAGCCAGACCAUUACAGCUUGGAAGACCUGAGUGUUGCUGCUCAGAAGGUGCCGCAUGGGGACGUUACUGUGAACGCUGUCCAGCACCAGAUUCUCCUGAAUUCCUUCGCAUCUGCCAGGGUGGAAUGGGUAGACCUAAUCUUACACAAGACUUAGACGAAUGCAAAGUCCGACCCGACGUUUGCAAAGGCGGUCGAUGCAUCAACACUGAUGGGUCUUUCAGAUGUGAAUGUCCACCUGGCUACACUCUGGACGGUACUGGGCUCGUGUGUGUGGAUGCUGACGAGUGUGCCGCUGAUCCAAGAAUAUGUGGUAAUGGAACCUGUACAAAUACUCCUGGAGGAUAUGAGUGUAGAUGUAACUUUGGAUUCACACAAGGGCCUGAUCAGACGUGUGUAGAUAUAGAUGAGUGCGCUGAAGGUCGAGCCUUGUGCACGUUCCGUUGUCACAACACCCUCGGGUCGUUCAGGUGCACGUGUCCUUAUGGGUACGCAGUAGCUGCGGACGGGAUCCACUGCAAGGACAUUGACGAGUGCGAAGAUAACAAGGUCUGUCCACACGCCUGCGAGAACGUUGUUGGCUCCUACAUAUGCAAGUGUCCUGAAGGCUACCGGCGCACGUCGGCGCCGCACGACGCGGAGGACGCGUGCGCCGACAUCGACGAGUGCGCCGACGGCCGCGAGCGCUGCGCGCCCGGCGUCUGCAUCAACGCCGAGGGCGGCUUCCAGUGCGACUGCGACGUCGGCUACGAGCCCAGCCCCGACCUCAAGGAGUGCAUCGACCACCGGACUGGCAUGUGCCACCGGUCACUGGUGGCAGGCCGCUGCGUGCCGGAACCCUGGCCCAGGUACAUGUCAUCCACUCCGCCACCACCAGCUCAUGUCACCAAAGCCCAAUGUUGCUGCACUCUCGGCGUCGCCUGGGGUCCAGAGUGCGAGCUGUGCCCCCAACCGGGCACUCCUGAGAGGCUGGAGCUGUGCAGCCCCACGAACCUGGGAGGGAGCCACAUUGGCAAAGUGCCUGGCAUCAGUAACAAAGAAACCAAUAACAUGAUCGACAACGGUAUUAACAUCUUCGACGUGGACGAGUGCGCGGCCAUGCCGGACUUGUGCGCUCCUGGCAGAUGUGUCAAUACUAUUGUCAGUUUCCGUUGUGUAUGUGGACGUGGUUACAAAUCAGCGGGUGACGUGUGCGCCGACAUUGACGAAUGUAGUGUCAGACCUCCUCCAUGUGAACAGCUCUGUAAAAACACCGAGGGAUCCUACGAGUGCCUCUGUCGGUCCGGGUAUGAAGUGGAUGAAGACGGGGCUAAUUGUCGAGACGUGGACGAGUGCGAACGUGGAACUCACACAUGUCAACAAACAUGUUCCAAUACCGAAGGGUCAUAUGAAUGCUCCUGCCAAGAUGGUUACGAGAAGAGGGGCGAUGCUUGUGUUGAUGUCAACGAAUGUCACGAAGAAGGCUUGUGUCCCCCUCCAGGCAAGUGUGUGAACCUCCUCGGCUCGUACCGUUGCGUGUGCCCGCGAGGGUUCAGGUUGGACCUGGAGGGCACCAGGUGCUUGGACCGGGACGAGUGCGAAGACGGAAGGUGCCAGUCACCUUGUAGGAAUUACGCUGGAGGGUACCGAUGUGACUGUCCUGCUGGCACGGUGCGGGCGGCGAGCGGCGCGUGCGUGGCGCAGGACGCGUGCGCGGCGGCGCCGUGCGGCGCGUCGCCGUGCUUCGCCGUGGGCAGCGCCUACCGCUGCGGCUGUCCCGCCGGCUACGGCUGGGACGCGCCGCACGCCGUCUGCCUGCAGUUGGCUGGUGGCUGCGCGACGGCAAGUUGCCUCUACGGCUGUUCACCCUUCGGUUCUUCGUAUCAGUGUGGGUGUCCAGCUGGCUACCAACUCGUCGGGGCUGGACAUUGUCUUACAGCACUAGAUGCUGCGUUAUCACCAGAUGACAUUGGAGAUGCACCAGUCUUCCCCGUGCAAGACCAGUAUAAAAUAGGAGGGGAAAAUGAACUUAUAUCCACUGAGGGAUGCUUCUCUUGCAAGGUGAACGGUCGCAGGCGAAGAGCACCUGAUGAAGCCAUAGUGUUUGCAAAUGGAACUACCAUAGUCAGGAAACGAAGGAGGCGCAGCCGACGUCGUCGUUCAAUCCUGGAGCCCGAAGCGGAAUUAAUCGUUGUAUCAGCUCACCCAAAACAAACGUGGGGCAGAGCUCCCUUACUGAGACUAGUUCCAGCGGAGGGCAAAGCGCGGGCUCACUACCGAAUCGCGUAUGGAGAUCCCAACAAUGACUUCGUGUUAUCCAAGAGAGAUGGUGCUACUGCUCUCAGACUUAGAAGACAUCUAAAGAGUCAGGAUGUGUUGGAGCGGCAGCUGGAGCUGGAGGCGCGCUUCGUGUGCCCCCCGGCGCGGGGCGCGGGUCGGGGCGCGGGGCGGGGGCGGCGCGCCGCGCGGGACCACGUGGCGCCGGCGCCGCUGCGCCUCUACGUGUGGCUGCGCGUGGCGCCCGCCCCCCCGCGCCGCUAG